AGGAACAACUAAGUGAGGUUCAUUCUUCAAUACUGAGUUCACCAGUGUAAGGGGUUCUAAUCAAUAAUAUAAAAUGAAGUACUUUCUAUUACUCUGCCUUAUUCUUGGCCUAACAGCCUACACAGUCAAAGCUGAUGAAGAAAAAAAACCAGAAGAUAACGACGUUGAAGAGGCUGACACAGGUGAUUUUGAUGAUGACAUAGCAUCAGAUGAUGCUGAAGACAGCAGUGAUGAAGAGGAUUCUGGAGAUGGCAGCGAGGGUGAUGAUGAAUCUGAUGAGGAGGAAUCAGGUGAUGGAGACGAAGGAGACAGCGAUGAUGAAGAUGAUGCUGAAGAUGAAGAAGAUUCUGACGAUGGUGAUGAUGCUGAAGAUUCUGACGAUGGUGAAGGUUCUGCCAAGGAUGACGCCGAGACAGAGAGCAGUGGCGCUGCAGACAAGGAAGAAGAGAAGAAGGAGAAAGAUGAUGAGAAGGAAAUUGACAAAGAUGACAAGGAUGAUGAGAAAGAUGAUGAUGAUGAAGAUGAUGACAAACCCAAGGCCGAGGAGAAGACCAAAGAAAAGGGGAAGAAAACUGAAGACAAACCCCAGCCAGCCAAGAAAGACUAAGUUUACUAGAGCUUAGCACCAACUGUUUUAUGGUUAUUCUACUACAGUAACUAGAAAAACACAGGAUUUGCACUAGCAAAAUCUUUUCAACAAAUUAUGAGAAUAAUUUUCACAGGUGAUUUGCACCUUAAACUACCCUUUUUGUUUUAAGUUAUUUUCCCCUAAUGUGUCUGUAACACAUACUAUGUAUUAUUUGACCUUCAUAAGGUAACACCUAAUCCUAAGUAGGCUAUAUCUUUCCUUUUGGGUUUGGAAUAAAUAUUUAUUUUCCUUACAGCA